ACAACAGUCCAGAGUUCCUUGAAAUGUUUCCAGGGUUGGGCGAGUUCAGUGUAAACUGCUUGAGAGAGUCAUGGGCUUUCUUCCUUUCUUCUCUUUGGAAACAUGGAUUCUACUGAUCACCUUCAUCUGCUUGUUUGUCAAGUACGGCAACUGGGGCUAUGGAGUAUUCGAAAAGAUGGGGAUCCCGGGUCCCAAACCAAAGAUGUAUAUAGGCACAGUUACCAGAUAUAACAACGUUUACUUCUUGGAUGAUAACGAGUGUGCUAAGAGGUACGGGAGAGUGUGGGGCAUGUUUGAGUUCAAGAAGCCCAUGUUGGCUGUGAUGGAUCCUGACAUGUUGAAAACCAUCCUGGUGAAGGAGUGCUUCACCCACUUCACCAACCGGAGGAACUUCCGUGCGACCGGGGAAAUGUACGACCUUCUUCCCUUUGCUAUGGACGAUGACUGGAGACGGAUUCGUAACAUCCUCUCCCCCACAUUCUCCUCUGGUCGUUUGAAAGAGAUGUUUAGCAUCAUGAAACAUCAUUCCCGCAAACUGACGGAGAAGCUGCGGCUCAACGUGCACAGUGAGGAAGUUGUUGAGGUAAAGAGCGUCUUUGGACCCUACAACAUGGACGUGAUAGCCAGCUGUGGAUUCAGCGUGGACGUGGACUCCAUCAACAACCCUUCGAGUGCCUUCGCCACCCACGCCUCGAAGCUGUUUAGAGUUUCCAUCUUCCUCUUCAUGUUACAAGGAUGCUUCCCCUUCUUUCUUCCUCUCUUGAAGCUGUUGGGUUUGUCCGUGUUCUCCAAUUCCUCCUCAUCGUUCUUGAGAAAGGUUGUGGAGAAGAUCAGAGCUGAUCGCAGUGACCAGAAUUCACGAGACAUCCUUCAACAUCUGAUCGACUCUCAGACAGUCGGUGAAUCCAGAGGAGAGAAGCAGAAUAAGGGUCUCAAUGAUCAUGAGAUUAUUUCUCAGGCUGUACUGAUUAUGAGCGCUGGUUUGGAGACAAGUUCCUCUGCCCUCAACUUGUUGGCCUACAAUCUGGCCCUAAAUCCUGCCGCCAUGAGACGCCUGCAGGAGGAGAUCGACGCAACUUUCCCAAACAAGGGCUCGGUCCAGUGUGAACCUCUGAUGCAGAUGGACUACUUGGACUGUGUGGUCAAUGAGAGUCUGAGGCUCUACCCUCCGAGUGCACGAAUCGAUCGAGAGGCCAAAGAAACUGUCGCCGUCAAAGGAAUCACAAUCCCGAAGGGCAUGGUAGUUAUGAUCCCCGUCUACGCUCUGCACCGCGACCCUGAGCUGUGGCCAGAGCCAGAGGAGUUCAGACCCGACAGAUUUAGUAAAGAGAACAAGCAGAACAUCCACCCAUACGCUUUCCUGCCAUUCGGCAUUGGGCCACGGAACUGCAUGGGGAUGCGGUUCGCGAUGUUGAUGGUUAAACUGGCUUUGGUGGAAGUUUUGCAGAACUACAGCUUCUCAGUCUGUGAGGAGACAGAGAUCCCUUUGCAGAUGGAUCCUCAAGGCCUGGUUGGACCAUUAAACCCAAUUAAACUGAAGCUGGUGUCCCGUUCCAACGAUUCCGAAAAUGUCGACACGCGCAACUAGGAAAUGAUCAAGAGAGACACGUCCCUCGAGACUGAAUUAUCCUCUUAAUUGGUUCAUUUACUGACGAUGCUACUUACAUCAUAACUGUUUUUAUCAGAAACUUGUAUCUAAACCAAUAAUAGUGAUCGUGUAGAUUUUUGCAUCAUGUCCGUGCAGAAUGACUUCUUAUGUUAAAUACAGAAGAAAUAAAAUAAUUGACAUAUUGUUAAUGAUACAAAUAUGUUGUCUACUAAAUGUAAAGACUGAGUGGAACUGGUGACAUGAAGAGAAAGAGA